AUGCAUAAGUCCUUCUUCACCUUCAUUGAAAGAGAAGGAAAUCCACCAGAACAGGAGCGAUACAAGACGGAGACUCCAGAGACGGAGACUCCAGAGACGGAGACUCCAGAGACGGAGACUCCAGAGACGGAGACUCCAGAGACGGAGACUCCAGAGACGGAGACUCCAGAGACGGAGACUCCAGAGACGGAGACUCCAGAGACGGAGACUCCAGAGACGGAGACUCCAGAGACGGAGACUCCAGAGACGGAGACUCCAGAGACGGAGACUCCAGAGACGGAGACUCCAGAGACGGAGACUCCAGAGACGGAGACUCCAGAGGCGGAGACUCCAGAGACGGAGACUCCAGAGACGGAGACUCCAGAGACGGAGACUCAGGACGGACUCCAGAGACGGAGACUCCAGAGCUCCAGCCAUGGGUCGCACCGCGCUGCUGUGCGCGGUCCUGGCCGUGGCCCUGCAGGCCGUGCUGGCCACCCCCCAGUACGGCGCGGGGCCCUCCCGCCCGCAGAAGCAGUGGACCACCACUCCGUUCCCCGACGACCUGCCCCCCGCCAACAACGACGUGUACCAGGCGCCGGCGCCGGCUCCGCAGCCCCAGUACCAGCCGCAGCCGCAGUACAAGCCGCAGCCGCAGUACCAGCAGCCGCCGCCCCAGAACGCCGGGCAGCCGUCCUCGCCCGGCGGCAACUACUGGUGGGCGUCGGGGUCGCGGCCCUUCAGCGCCGAGUCCACCGGCCAGGCCUCCGCCCCGCAGGCGCCGCCCCCGGCCGUGAGCGCCGGCAACCCCUUCCUGUCGGGCGGCCGGCCCCAGCAGCCGCAGCAGCCCCGCCCCCAGCAGCCCCAGCAGGCCAGCGGGGGCGGCUACGGCGCCGGCCCCUCGGGGCCCCCGCAGACGCCCGACUACGACAUCCCCUGCAGCCAGCCCGGCCAGGUGUGCGUGGGCCUGGGCCAGUGCCAGGGCGGCUACGUCGCGCCCGGCGCCAACGGCAUCCGACAGGGUCAGUGCAGUUCCGCGUCGCAGACGUGCUGCCAGCAGCGCCCGCCCCAGCAGCAGCCCCAGCAGCCGCAGUACCGGCCGCCGCCGCCCCAGACCGGCGGCUACGGACAGCCCCCGCGCAGAUCCCCAGGCCGCAGCCACCACCGCCCAGCUACGGCGGCGUCGGCGGCUACAGCCAGCCCCAGCCCAACUACCAGCCCCAGCCCACGCCCGGCCCCUACACCGGCCCCCUCAACACGACGCCGUACCCGGGGUGCGCCGCCGCCCUCAAGUGCGUCGAGGAGCAGUACUGCACGGCGGAGGGCGUGAUGGCCAACAGCCCGCAGUACCUGACGCGUGAGCAGCAGGAGAACCGCGUGCCCAUGUCGGACUGCCAGAACCCCGAGACGGGCAUCAUCGGCAAGUGCUGCCGCGACCCCAACUACAAGGACCCCUGGCCCGGCGGCAUGAUGAUGAAGAACAUGCCGGGGUCCGCGCCGUCCGCGCCGUCCGGCCCCGGCGUCGCCCCGCCGCCACCGCCGCCGCCGCCCGCCCGCACGCCCUUCCAGGACACCUGCGCCAACUCCGGCGGCGUGUGCGUGCCCUCGCAGCAGUGCCCCUCCCAGAGCAGGAUGCAGCCCGAGCAGGGCUGCAGCAUGGCGAGUGGCGCGGCGGGAGGCGUGUGCUGCGAGGAGGCCCAGCCCUACCAGGAAGGCCAGGACGAGGAGCCCACCACCAACCCCAACCUCACCAAGGAGGCCAACCUGUAUUACCAGGCGCCGUCCAAGCCGACAGUCCCCGGCCCGGCCGUGUCCGGCCUGCCCCAGAACCCCCCACCCAGGCCCGGACGGAGGCCACCACCCCGACCCGCUCCUCAACCGACCUAUGCCCCACAGCCGCCACCGCAGCCCGCCCCUCAACCGACCUACGCUCCUCAGCCACCACCCCAACCCGCCCCUCAACCGACCUACGCUCCGCAGCCACCACCCCAACCUGCCCCUCAACCGACCUACGCUCCUCAGCCACCACCCCAACCCGCCCCUCAACCGACCUACGCUCCUCAGCCACCACCCCAACCCGCCCCUCAACCGACUUACGCCCCGCAACCUGCUCCUCAACCAACAUACUACAACCCUCAACCUGCUGCACCUAAGCCAACCUUCGCCCCGCCACCUCCUCCUCAGCCAGCCCCCCAACCCACCUAUGCUCCCCAGCCUUCCCCACAGCCUUCCCCACAAACCACCUUCCCGUCUCAACCGCCACCUCAGCCCACGUACGCUCCUGCACCUCCGUCCCCGGCGGCGCCGCAACCGAGCUACUCCCCCCAGCCGCCGCCACUUCAACCCCUGGAACGCACUCCGCAGCCCCAGCAGCCCGCCCCGGAGCUGCAGCCGCCCCAAGAGUCACCGCUGCCGCCGCUGCCCGAGGCCGCCCCCACCAAGCCGUCGUACGGACCCCAGUCCCCCGAGGCGUGCGGCCAGCGCCGCCAGGUGCCGCGGCCCGAGGGCCUGAGCCCCGGGCAGGCCGCCCCCGGCGAGUACCCCUGGCAGGCCAUCGUGGCGAGCCGCGCCGACCGCAACCCCAUCUGCGGCGCCGCCGUGCUGUCCAAGGACGCCGUCAUCACGGCCGCCCACUGCGUGCACGGGAUGGAGCCGAGCGACCUGAUGGUGAUCGCCGGCGAGCACCUGAUGGGCGUGCCGGACCCCGGCGCGCAGGAGACGUCCGUGGCCGCCAUCGCCCGCCACCCUGACUUCAACCCCACGUCGUUGUUCAACGACCACGCCGUGCUGCGCCUGGCCGAGCCCCUGACCCUGGGCGAGCGCGUCGGCACCGUCUGCCUGCCCGAGCAGUCCGGCCAGGCCAACCUGGCGGGGACCAACCCCGCCCAGGACUGCGUCGCCACUGGCUGGGGCCUCAAGGCCCUCAAGGGCAACCACGUCGGCUCGGGCCUGAACGCGGUGCCCGCGCGGCUCAUGGCGGCGCAGGAGGCGGAGCAGCACCUCCGGCGCACCUUCCUGGGACCCAACUUCCGGAUGCACCAAUCACAGGUGUGCGCGCUCGCCACCAAGCCCGAGACCACCCUGUGCAUGGUGGACCCCGGCGGCCCGCUGGCGUGCCCCAAGCCCGACGGCGCCAUGGUGCUGGCCGGCGUCUACAGCUGGGACGUGGGCUGCCACCCGUCCAUGGUGUCCGCCCCCGAGGGCCCCAAGUCGCCCACCGCCUUCUCCGCCGUGGACGCGGACUGGGUGCGCCGCGUCAUGGCCGAGCCCAUCCAGAACCUGGUGCAGGAGUCCCGGAACGAGGUGCUGCGCAAGCAGCAGCAGGAGAAGCAGCCCGAGCACCCCAAGCCCGGCUUCGACCAGGGCUACGGCAAGUGAGGCGCCCUUCAAGGCGCCGACUAGGACGCCGACUAGGGCACCGCGCUGUCACUCUGGGUUGCCCUACGCCGAUAGUAUAAACUAUAUUCUACGAGAGUUUCAUCGUAGAAAGGCAGUUAAAGAAUUGUGAAUUACCUUGUAUGCCUCCAUGUCAAAGUAUGAGCAAAGAUUUGAUAUUUGAGUCGCAUAAUGACGAGUUGAAGAAAGCGUGCAUUGAAAUUCAACUCCUAUUUUAUCUCAGAAGGAUCCAGAAAGACGGGAUAUUGUGAGAACUUAUCUAAUCUGUGUUCACUGCCGCCACAAUGCAGUCAGAUAAGCUGCUUUCAUUUGGUCAGUGCCAUGCUUUCCGUGCUAAAUGCCAAACACAUCUUGCCGAGUCCUUACUUUGUGUGCAAGUUGUGCCCAUUUCAGAGUAUACUUUAUUUAUUGUCCCCAGCUCAUUUCCUUGUGUUCAGGUUGCAAAGACUGACUUGCCUGAGUUUGUCCUAAAGGGCCUCCUUUAGUGGUAGACUUUCAUCUGAGGCAAUUGCAGUCUUUGAUUGGCAAAGAAUAAAAUCUGGUGCUAGUAUCA